CCAUAGCCCAUAGCCCCUAGCCCCAUUCCCCCCUAUAGAUCGAUGGCGCCAUCCAAGAUGAGCUUCGUGAUCGCCUUGCUCGUCGCCUUGGCUGCGGCCACGCCAUCGGCGGCGUUCUCGUUCCCUCCCAUACUCCCUUGCAUACCGGGGCUUCCUCGGAUCCCGCUGUUCCCCUGCGUAGAGCCGCCGCCGCUGAAGCCUGUGCCGGAGUGCCUGACGCCGCUGAUGAAUAUGGUGCCAGCAUGCACGGCGUUCCUCACCGACGACGCCGACGUGACGGCGCCUCCGGCCGCGUGCUGCGAGGGAUUCAGAGAGGUCUCGCAUAUGGGAGCGGCCAUCUGCUACUGCUACGUCGCCAACGGCGACAUCGGCCGGCUCUUGCCGGCGCCGAUGAACUUCACUCGCAUGUACUCCCUCUCCAUCGUGUGCGGCUCCAAUUUUGAGUUGAAAGCGCUGGCCGAGCACUUGCCCUGCACCCAAGAUAACGGUGUGCCGCCGCUGCCGCUGCCUCCGUCGCCGCCAGCUGCUGGGAAGGCAUCACCGCCGGCACCUUAGGCAGGGGACACCGUACGAGUUAGGACAGCAAGGAAUAAAGCUGCGGAUUGCAGUUUCGACGUAGUACUAGCAGUAGAAGUGUGUUAGGUUUAUCGUACGACCUCUUUGGAUUGUGUGACAUCAUCAUGUCAUCAUUAAGGAUACAUUAAUGUUCUCUCCAGUUCGGCAAUAGAUUGAUUUCCAUUAUAAUACAAUGGUG